CGGCCGGGCUCGGAGCCGUUUCCGCUGCCCGGAGUCACGUGCGGGCGGGGUUAAAGCUCGCGGCGGGGCUCGCCGGGGCUGGAGCUCGCAGAGUCCUGAGCGGAGCAGUCCCGGCCAUGUCCGCCGCAGCCCGGGACCCGCCGCUCGCGCAGGAGGACCUUCUCCUGGCAGCAGCUUAUGUGUAUGAUGCUCAAUAUAACAGAAACAUUCCGUUUGAAACCUCACCGCAAGCAGUCAGACUUUACUAUCUCUAUAACCAUUGGACUAUGCAAGCAGCCACCUACUUCUUCAUCUUUGUAGACCUUUUCCUUGCUGUCUUUGAAGAUCCUGCUGUGUACCCACUCCCUUUCUUGGCCACUUCCCUGGUCGAGGUAUUGUGCCUUUUGGUGUUCUUCGGGCGACUGGUGCAUUUUGCCAAAGUCACCCCUCGCAAUGUGUUUUGGAAGGAUACAAAGAAUAUCUGCAUCAUGAUAGCGAUACUGGUGACCUUAAUUGACCUGAUUAUCUAUGGGGCACUUAAAAUCUCGAACGUAAACAGCAUUAGAUGGUCAAGGUUCCUGAGACCCAUUUUCUUAAUAAACUUUGCAGAAAGUCGUCAGAUCCGGAGGGUGUUCCGCAGUAUACGAAACACACUGCCAGAGAUCACGUAUGUCUUCCUGCUCUUCAUGUUCAGCGUCCUCAUGUUCUCCCUCAUGGCUCUGAAGCUGUUUGGUGACAGGAAUCUCCGGACAGUGGAAGGAUCUCCAUAUUUUACAAACUACCUAGAAAUCGUAUUUGAUCUCUAUGUGCUGGUGACGACGGCCAACAGCCCUGACGUCAUGAUGCCGGCCUUUGACUUCAGUUGGUGGUAUUCCCUGUUCUUCAUAACCUAUGUAGUAAUCAACACCUACCUCUUCAUGUCUGUCUUCCUGGCUGUUGUGUACAACAAUUACAGGAAACAUUUAAAGAAUGAGAUCCGCAAACUUGCUUACAUGAAGCGUCACAAGAUGGUAGAAGCCUUCAACAUCCUAAAGGUCAAGGAGGGCACAGAGUUUGUUGUUAAAGAAGCCCAGUGGAAGCAACUCGUCAAACUAGUGGCCCCAGAUAUCAGCACUUCCCAUCGAGAGCUCCUGUUGAGAGUAUCCGAUGAGGAACAAAAAGGUUAUGUAGACAAAAAAUCUUUUGUGCGUCUGGCAGACCUUCUGAACAUCCAGGUGAUUGCAAUGAGGAUACAAACCCACCCCCUAGAGCACUGGAUGCCCCACGUGUAUAACUCGGCAGUGAGCCUAUUCAUACGCAGCAUGGUUCAACACAAGGGCUUUGUUUGGACUUACGAUGUAAUCAUUCUAAUAAACGCCGUAUUCAUUGCUUUGGAUGAGGAAAACCCAUUGAUUUCCUAUGCAGAGUGGGUUUUCCUUUCUUUAUAUAUCAUUGAGAUCCUCUUGAAAGUGUACACUUAUGAACCCAGGGCAUUCUUUGCAAAGACCCAGUUCUGGAACUGGUUUGAUACCUCCAUCAUUAUUGCUGCUCUAAUAGCUACAAUUCUCAACACUUCACUUAAAUCAGCAAGUCAAUACAACAGCCAGCAAGUGCUGGAUAUUGUCUUCAUACUGAGAGUCCUCCGGCUCAUUAGGAUUGUGGAUAGCAUUCAAAGAUUCCGGGUCAUCAUGAAUACGCUCAUAAACAUUGUGCCGACAAUGCUGACCUUCGGUGGGCUGGCUCUGGUAGUAUACUACAUGUUUGCUAUCAUUGGCAUGGAACUAUUCCAGGGGAAAAUCCAGUUCUUUUCCAGGAAUUCCACUGCCCAUCAUGCCCGGGAGUGCGGAAACCCUGCUUUAAAAGAUUCUCUGUUUGCUCGAGCCAAAUACUGCAAGAACAACUUCAAUGACAUCACAUCUUCAUUCGUUGUUCUGAUGGAGCUAACUGUUGUCAAUCAGUGGCAUGUUCUUGCCAAUGGGUUUGCCCUGGUCACGCACCAGGCUGCCAAGCUGUACUUCAUUGCCUUCCACGUUGUGGUGGUGAUCAUGAUAAUUAAUAUUCUCAUAGCAUUUAUCCUAGAAGCUUUCUUUGUGGAGUACUCACUGGAAAAGAGUGAAGUAGAAACUGCCAUUGAGAGGAAAAUUCAAGAGCUGGGAGUAGGAAUCCAAGAGGAAGAACUACGUGAUGGCAAACUAAUAGACAACAUGGAAACCAACGAGAAUGACCUUGGAGGGGAAGAAAUAACCAAGAAAAAGUCUAAAGGGCUGAUGUUUAAAAUAGCUUCUAAAAGGUACAGGACAGUUGAUGCUUUGCUUCAGCGUAUGUUUGAGGCAGAGAUACUACCAGAAGAUGAUGGGCCAUCAGUGGAUGAAAUCUUAAACCUCUCCCCUGCUGAUGUUUACCCAAAGAAUCCCACCUUUGACAGCGCUGCAUAGUGUGGAGAACAGAAGGGAAUAGAAGUGGAAACACUAGCUCUGUCUCUAUUAAUUCUUAAGAGAUCUCUGCUCUGACUCUAAUUCAUACAACUUUGGCACUGUCAUGUACAAGAUCUUUAGAGUUUUAGAGCAAGUCUGCACAAUGAUGCUCGUCUGCACAUUGGACGGGUUAUGUUUAAAGUGGCAGCACCCUGAGGUCAGAGUGGUCAGUUUUACCGGGAGUAAAAGUCCACCUAUAAAUCAAGGAAAGUAUUUUCUAAAGGGAAAGCUCAUGGAGUGUCUAUCUUAAUAGCUCGGUCAGAGAUCAUGCUACCUAAAACUAUUGUAGCAUUACAUAUACUGUUUAAAAGUCUGACCUUAUUAAGGAGUAUUUAGCUACUUGUAACUGGAAAUUUUCUAGCACAGUGACCUUUUAGAUGCAUUACCAGUCAAGACUAUGGAUAAAUGUGUAAGCUAAAAUAAAAAUGAUACAAAAGCCAUUUUGCAGUUUGGCACAAAGCUGCUACUUAGUGUGCUAUUUCACUAGCCCUUGCCAUGACAUGCUUUCAAAGGGCUAAUUAACUAUGGCAGCUAAGUAGGGGGUGGGCAGAGGUUGGUCAGUACCUUAACCUUUCUCAGCUGCUAAUAUUCCACAGCUGUGGGCAAAUCCAAACAGCUUGAAAUGGUGUUCUUCAGAGGGGUGUGUGCAGAUGAGCCUCUCACUUGUUUUCUAGACUCUCUGCUUUCAUCAAAAAAAGCUCUAGCUGUUCUGGUUGCAAAGAAAGUCAUGUCAUGGUCUUCAGACUUAACUGAUGCAGAGAUGUCUGCCUGAGUUUGCAAAGAGCCUCAAACCAUUGUUCACUAAAGCAUGUGAGGAAGUAUCCUGCUGUAAAGAACCACCCAAUCUACUCUGAGUAAGCAAGCACUGAUUUGGGAUAAGCCUGUAUCAACAGUGUUGUGAGAAGGAAGGUAUAGUUGAUUUCACUUUCAUACAGGGGCCACGCAGCUUUCCAGGACUAGGGAAACCCUGCCCUAAGGGUAGAAGGAAACAGGAACAGGUUUUUCACCAGUUAUUCUUGGAGGGAGUUGCCUGUGUACAUACAUGCUUGUGGGAUGGGGGAGGUGCUCACCACAAGCCAACUUCAGGUUCUGUCUAGCAAUACACCGUCUCCCUUUUUUCCACCCCCAAAUGUUUGACGCUGAGGUUACAAAAGGGAUAGGUGCCCCCUCCAAACACCUCUGUUCCUCCUGCUAAAUCACAAAGGUCUGACCCCGGAACAGUGUCUGAGGGUGGGGAGUGAGACUGCGCCAUGCCAUGCUUUCGCACUGCAGUUGUAAAUGAAGGAUGUUUAUACCUCUGCAGGCGGGGACUGUAGAGCUCAUGAGGGGAAUGGUGGGAGCACUGGUUCAGAGUCUAGAGGCUUAAAACCUGGGAGCCAGGGCCUGGAUUGCCUCUCACAGAAGUCUGGUGAGAACCAAGAGGGGCACUUGACUGGAUCUGUGACUACCCUGUCACUAGAAAUCCUGCUGUAAUGAUUCAUACUCAGGGUUAAGAUGCAUCAGCAUCAAGAGAAAACCCAGUUCCAAGCCACUAACUUUUCUACUCAACACAAACACAAUAUUCGUAGAGGGAGGUGUUUUACUACUGAAUUGUAGUUUAACACAAAGAUGCUGAAGCUUCACAACAGGUGACUUCCAACGACAUCCAUGGGAAUGGUGAAUCUCUCCACACUGUGAAUCUCUUAGCUAUAUAAGCAAUAAACAUUUUUUGGUUACUUAUAAAGUACAAAGGGAAAUAAAACCAAGGAGGAAUCUUGUUUUGACAAAGAACAUUCAUAUGGGGUACAUGGACAGAGACUGGGUCUAUCUGACAGCAAAAAACAAACACCCCCCCACCCCCAAUUUAAAGUUCAGAAGAAGCUGAACUGAAGUGUAUUAAGUAUGAUCCUAUGGAAAGAAAAGCAUUUUUUCUGACUAAGACUCAUUUGGCAAUGAUUUUUUUUUCCUCUGAUAAGUUACUUUAUGUACAAACAUUUGAAAAAUAGAAAUAGCCCUAAAUUCUCAUCACAGCUUUUCCUUCUCUUUUCCUGUGUGAAUAGCCUCAUCUCCUUUCAGACACAUGUAUACACAGUAUAUUGACUGAAGCAGUUAAUACCCCCACUAUUCUUGUCCUUGGGAAGGUGUUUCCUCUAUUUGAUUUCAGUCAGCUAGGAAGCAGAACAGAACUCCUCUUGUUUCCUGACUAGUAGAUUUUGAAGGAUCAGGUAGGUAUUUGUGCAUGGAAUCCUGAAUGUAACUUUCCUUUCACUUUUUUCUUUGUUGUGGUAAGUCCUUGAACAAUAUUGUUCACCUGUCACUGAACAAGGGUAGAGAACACCAUCUUCUGAGAAGCAGUCAUACAGAAGAGUUUCUGGCAGACUUUAGAUGAAUAAUCUUGGUCCUGUGAACAAAUGGAUAAGCAGCACAAAGACAUCCUGCUGCUACUAUAAAUCCUAAACUGCACCAUGCACAAAAUAUAGACCAGCUGUAUCCAUGUUCCACAUCAUUAGGAAGGCUAUAUAUGAAUGUUGGUAGGCGGUUUAGAUCAUAUGAUAUACUUGCUGCAUAAGUGCACAGAGAAAUAGUGCAAAAUAUUCCUGCAAACAAAACAUAUUCUCAGGGUUAGAAGAUUUAUACAGUCUGGGAUAAAUAAAAGAGCAAACACACCCCUGUUAAACAUAGUUUUUAUAAAUCAAAAAACUAGGCAAAAGUUGUUUUCUUACUUGGAUAGAACAUGUGGUAUUAAUGCUGGCAUUCGCAAUGUUUCAAGGUCUUAUCUGACUAUACAAGUCUUUUGAGCGCUGGCUCUGUAUUUUAAUUAUGAACUUAAUAUAACUUCUUGUAG